AUGAAGCUUCUAGCAGUCGGCUGGGAGAUCCAGAGGGGCAGGAUUUGGUACCUCGGCAAGACGACGCGUGUAUGGCCCAUCUUGAUCUUUGAGAAGGCCGGUCUUGGGACCUUGGGGGAUUUCAUGAAGAGCGACCAAGGCAAGGCCCUAUCCUUGGAAGACAGGGGGAAGAUCUGUUGCGACAUUGCCUCAGCCAUUGCCUUCUCUCAUCGAAAAGGCAUAUUCUUGAUGUUCGAAGAGAACGGCCCUGUUCCAAAGCUCGCCGACUUUGGGUUUGCCGCCUUCGCUUCAAACAAGCUCAUCGAAAUCGCGAAGCUGUCUGACAUCUUUUCCUUUGAAAUUCUGUGUUUGUGGGUCCUUUUCCGAGAGGAGCUUGUCAAAAGGGGCGAGGACCUCACCAAACCGCUUCCGCCCAAGGGCCUGGUCGCUUCAGCGGUGACUACGUUGUCUGGGGUGCUCAAGCCAAUCGGUCGGGUUUUGGGUUUCGUUGACCAAGACGUUUCUCCGGAUAUACAGAUCAUCGGCGCUCAUAAUACAUUCCCCAAAGAGACAAAUAAGAUAAAGACGCUUGCUCUUGAGCUUGUUAGCGGACUGCCCCAUACGGUGUGGAAGGAGAGGUUGGAACAACUAUUCAUGUCAGCACUCGAUACUGACACCGAAAAGAGGGCCCAAUCUGUUGAAUACUUGAUGCGGUUCCUUGGCAAUCAAAGUCCCGCCGAUUCAUUCACUCUGAUACGCAGAGACUCGGCAGGAGAAAGUGACCGCCGAGACGGUUCAUCCGCAUACAGGUCAUUCCCAACAGCAAGCAGCUUCGAUAUACUCAAAUCUCUGCAAACACCGUGUUCCGCGGACUUCCGUCUGGCAGUUUGCAAGCAGAUCGGCUUUGGGACCAGCCGGGAUCCUGAGCAAGCCGCUCUCCACCUGAAAGAAGCAAAGGAAUUGCAGCAGCUGUCGUCCAGCUUUGAGUUGGCGAUGGAUGAAACAAACCUGCUGUCGCAAAUCAAACAAAGUAGCUCUCUCCAAAAACCCUCGAACGAAAAACUCAGCAUCUUUUACAGAAAUGGCAUCAUCGCGCCUAUCCAUCAAGGCAUAGAUAUGACCAUCAGCUCGCCCGAAACUCAAGAGAAAAUUAUCGGCGAGCGUCGGGCUGAGAUUGAAAGGAUGGAAUCUGCAUUGGGAAGAACCCACCCAGCUAUCAUCAACCUCAAGUGGACGCUCCUCUCUCUGCUCGAAAUGAGCCAUGAUCCGCUCGCCCCGAUCGACUUUGCCCACGAGAUGGCAAAAGUCUUGGAACAGGACGAGGACUACGGCCCACAGCAUCGUGAUGCUCUACUGGUCAAGGGGUACCGCUCCCUGUCUUUCAUGAGAAUCAUGCCUCAAGGGCUCCCGGCGAUCACUUCACGGCUAAAAGAAACCGAAGCCACUCUUGCUCAGUCGAGCGUCAAGGACCACGUUGUGACUUCGAUCGUUCGGGUUGCCCUCGCCGACUGUUUGGCUGUCAAGGGCUAUCACAUCCAGGCGGAGGAACUCCUCCAACAAGUUGGACCACAACUCAUAGCCAUGUUCGGCCCAAACCACCCCAAUACCGUUUCCUGCUCGAAAGGACAGCUCACCGUCUACUGCGGGAGGGGAAAUUCUCUCAAGGCAUUGAUAUUCUCAAAUCAGCAAUCAAGGACAUGGAAGCCCUAG